AGUUGCGAGUCAGUGGAACAAGCAAGCAAGUCCGCUGAGCGUCUAUCAUAGGCAAAGUCAGACUUCAACACGAAUUUUUAAGUGUCUUAAGUGUCUCUCUAAUUGCGUGAGUGCAUGGUAAAAGUGCAAACCAAUCCGUCGCAGGUCUAAUAGCAGUCUACAGAAUGGCAGUUUUCGAAAAAGCUACGGUGGAGUUGUUGUAAAAAUAAUCAAUAAAAUCGAUGAAAGUAAAUACGUGAAUUAUCAAAGUAGCAGUAAAAAGUAUUUUGAAGUUAAACUGCAAAGCAUAAAUUCAACACACACGAUUUAUACGUGAUGCCCCUGCCACCCAGCAUCGAGGAGCCGGGCAAACAAUCAUGGCUGCGUAUGCUCUAUCGGUAUCGACUUCAAUUUCAGGCAAUGACUUCAGCGUCUACUAUUUUCUUCGCUGGUGGCUUGAAGCUGGCUUGGUGUAUAUUUGAAAAACCAGUUAGCGGUUCGCAAACGCUCAUCGACACCCAUCUGCUGACAAUCGCAUGGUUUGUUGGCGUAGCUGCAGGAGCAAUCAUGGCAGGCGCGUUCGUCCACCGCGUUAACAAGAAUAUAUCACAUGGGACAAGCGGCACACUCCUUCUGCUUGGGGGCCUGCUCUUUGCCUGCGCACCCACCUCAUUUGCCUGCAUACUGUGCAGUUGCUUAUUGGAAGGCUCAGCUUAUGGCAUCAAUCAAGUACAGGGCCUCGUGACAGCCGGGGAGGUGGCACACAAAGACAUACGCGGCUUGUUGGUUUCCAGCGAGCGAGUUUUUCUUUGGCUAGGCAUCUGUCUGCAGCUGUUUUGCACGCGACUGUGGUUCUUAUACGAGCCCACAAAGGGCUAUCCGCUGCACCUAAAUCAAUUACAUGGCACUGUGGUAAUCUUGGUGGCGCUGUGUGCGCUGGCCUGCAACACCCUCUACCGCUUCGAGUCGCCACUGCUGCUGCAUAUGCAAGAGCGUGACUUAGCCGCCACAUGUGUAAUGAAUCGACUACAGAGCACCAGCUACACCAGCGCAGAGUUGACGCAAAAGCAUGAGGAUUGCAAACAGAUGCUGGAGCAUGAUGCGCGCCCGAUGGCGCGAAAGGCGGUGCGCAAGAGCAACUCACUGCCGCUGCUCAAGAUGCUAUUACUGCGUUGCUACGGCACCAUUUCGCUGUCGUUGCCCGUCAAUCGCACAUUUGUCACCGCAAGUAUGACGGGCUUGAAUUGCGCCACAAACUGUGUUUACCUCUUGUCUCUUUGCGGUGUGCUCGGCAGCGUUAUGGGCGCUUUGUGCGUGGACAUAUGUGGGCGCAGAAGGAUCGCUGUUAUUUGCCUGCUCUUCUCUGGAACUUGCGCGUUUCUCUUGGCUGGCGUGCUGCGGUAUAUCUACGAGCAAAUUUCGUUGGUUCUACUGACGCACCUGACAUUCGAAUUGGUCGUCUACCUGAUGUGGUGCUAUCAGGCUUUCAUAUGCGCUGGCGUUUCGUUGAUCUCCAGUGUGUAUAUGUCAGAAGCAUUUACCGUGUCUGCGAAGGCGUGCUGCUUGGCGUUGGUAGUAGUUUGCGAACAAUUCGUGCAAAUAGCGCUGGCUUUGCUGGUAUUCUACACGGAUUUCAACGAACCGCACUUUUUCUUCAUUGUAGGGGUGCUGGGUAUGCUCCUGGGCAUACUAGCUUUAUUCACUUUGCCUGAAACUAUGAAAAUAUCGCUUUACGAAUGUCUUCUGAAGUUCAACAAUGUUCCUUAAUACAUUUAAGUUAAUCUUAGCAAUGAAAUCGAAUUUAUGUAAGUUAGAUCUCCAUGCUUUAGCCAAUAGACAAAUAUAAAAUAUAUUACAGUCAUAAUAAUCAAA